UCGUGCGUGGUUACUAUGCAAAUUGCAGCGAUUGCGGAAAUAAACAAGGGGGUAGGGAAAGGCGAGAGGGGCUGCCGAAAGGAUCGCAACUUCUGCAAAGUCUCUUACAAGCACACCAAGCAAAUCCAGAGAGAAUCUGAGAAGCAGCCAGCCCGGGGGACAAGCUAUGAAGCAAUUCGUCUGAGCAUUUUAAAGUUUCUCACGUACUCUUUUUACAUUGCAAUGGAUGAGUUUCAUCCUUUCAUCGAAGCACUUCUGCCCCAUGUCCGCGCCUUCGCCUACACAUGGUUCAACCUGCAGGCCCGAAAGCGGAAAUACUUCAAAAAACAUGAGAAGCGCAUGUCGAAAGAAGAGGAGAGGGCCGUGAAGGAUGAACUGCUCAGUGAGAAGCCCGAAGUCAAGCAGAAGUGGGCUUCCCGACUCCUGGCCAAGUUACGGAAAGAUAUCCGACCCGAAUACCGAGAGGAUUUUGUUCUUACAGUUACAGGGAAAAAACCUCCAUGCUGUGUCCUUUCCAACCCAGACCAGAAAGGCAAGAUGCGGAGAAUUGACUGCCUCCGCCAGGCAGACAAAGUGUGGAGGUUGGACCUCGUCAUGGUGAUCCUGUUCAAAGGUAUUCCGCUGGAAAGUACUGAUGGCGAGCGUCUUGUAAAGUCCCCGCAGUGCUCGAAUCCAGGGCUCUGUGUCCAGCCCCAUCACAUAGGGGUUUCUGUUAAGGAACUCGACUUAUAUUUGGCAUACUUUGUGCACGCAGCAGAUUCAAGUCAAUCUGAAAGUCCCAGCCAGCCAAGUGAUGCUGACAUUAAGGACCAGCCAGAAAAUGGACAUUUGGGCUUCCAGGACAGUUUUGUCACAUCAGGUGUUUUCAGUGUGACCGAGCUAGUAAGAGUGUCACAAACACCAAUCGCUGCAGGAACUGGCCCCAACUUCUCUCUCUCUGAUUUGGAAAGUUCCUCAUACUACAGCAUGAGUCCAGGAGCAAUGAGGAGGUCUCUACCCAGCACAUCCUCGACCAGCUCUACCAAGCGCCUCAAGUCUGUGGAGGAUGAAAUGGACAGUCCUGGUGAAGAACCAUUUUACACCGGCCAAGGGCGCUCCCCGGGGAGUGGCAGUCAGUCCAGUGGAUGGCACGAAGUCGAGCCAGGCAUGCCAUCUCCAACCACACUGAAGAAGUCGGAGAAGUCUGGUUUCAGCAGCCCCUCCCCUUCGCAGACCUCCUCCCUGGGGACAGCAUUCACACAGCAUCACCGACCUGUCAUUACAGGACCCAGAGCGAGUCCACAUGCGACGCCGUCGACGCUCCACUUCCCAACAUCACCCAUCAUCCAACAGCCUGGGCCUUAUUUCUCACACCCAGCCAUCCGCUACCAUCCUCAGGAGACGCUGAAAGAGUUUGUCCAGCUUGUCUGUCCUGAUGCUGGCCAGCAAGCUGGACAGGUGGGCUUCCUCAAUCCCAAUGGGAGCAGUCAAGGCAAGGUACACAACCCAUUCCUCCCCACCCCAAUGUUGCCGCCGCCGCCACCACCACCAAUGGCCAGGCCUGUGCCUCUGCCCAUGCCAGACACCAAGCCUCCAACCACAUCAACAGAAGGAGGUGCAGCCUCCCCCACCUCACCGACCUACUCGACACCCAGCACCUCCCCCGCAAACCGAUUCGUCAGUGUUGGACCACGGGAUCCAAGCUUUGUAAAUAUCCCUCAACAGACACAGUCCUGGUACCUGGGAUAAAAGUUGCAGCGUCCCACCAUCAACCAGACAGACCACCUGACCCCUUCUCAACUCUGUAACAUGGACGCAACCUCAACCCAGCGCAGUUACAACUUCACUGUCAGUGGAAGGGGAGAAAAACCGACUCGAAUCAACUUGGACAUGGAAACAGCAAGCAUCAUGGUCAAACAGCAAAGGCCAUAACCUUUCGGGAUUUUUUUUUUUUAAAAAAAAAUACUUUAGGGACUGUCGUAAUUUCUCAUAUGGUGCUGGAAAUGGUUGGGCUGUGUGACAUUUGAAGUGUUUCGGUGGUGGUGUGAGCAUUAGGUGAAGUGGCUGGCAGAGGAGGAGCCUUGCUCACUAACUUCCUGUGUAACACACUUCCCUUACGAGCCUGGCCUUUUCACAGUAUUUCAUGACUUUGCCCACGCAGGGGUGCCCCUCCCUGAGCAUCUGGAGCACCUGGAGAAUGGAAUCUUUUGUAGUAGCUGAGAUCUGCGAUCUGUAACUUACAGGACACUCAAAGGGCAAUGGUUUUUUUUUUUUCUUUUUUGGUUUUUUUUUUUUUUUUCCUGUAACAUAGUAGAAAAAGAAAAUGCAGUUGCGUUGAUCUUUCUUUUCGUUUGGUUUGGUUCAGCAGUCAGCAGUUACAUACACAACACAGCCCGCAAGGACAGUGAACCCACCCGUGUUGCAGAACAAUUCCCAAAGGACGGCAAAGACUACUGCUCUCAUUUGUUGUGUUCUCAAGUUUAGAAAUGCUGCACUUACAUUAAAAAAAAAAACAUUUUUCAACAAUUUCAACAAUGACACAAAAAUUCACAUGGAAAUGGGGAAGAUGGUCUGUUUUGACAGAAACUGACAGGAAUCAAAACAAUCGAAUUUUGAAUUGAGUGAAGUGCAAUUUCAUUGGAUAGCUAAGUAUCUUUGUAAGAUAGAGAUUGUUGAAAAUUCUAUUUUUGUUUUUCAAGUCCUUCCACCCCAGGACUCUAAAUUAUUGGGGUAAAAAACAGCCUUGCAAGAAAAAGGGGAGCUAUUUUUGCUUUUUAUGUUUUUUAUUGUUAAACUUGUAUCCCUUUAAAAAAAACUGAAGGAAAAUUUAAAAAAAAACAAAAAAAUACAAAUCUAAUGGUGCUUUUACCACAAUAUGUUAACUACAUUAAAUGCUAAUUAAUUAUUUUCUGUUAUCAAAGCACAUAACUCAAAUGAAAUCAUGGUAUCUGUUAAUUUUAUAAGCUAGAAAUCACUAUAAUGAAUUAUGCCAAUUCUGGAAAUUUUUACAUGUGUAUGGCAACACCAGAUCAAUCAGUUAUCAAGCGCCUCAUUGUACCAGACAUUGUCCAGAAGUUUCAAAGACCCUUUGCAAGCCCUGAACUGGGCUAUGGGAAACUUUAAUCCAACACCUCGGAUAGAGAAACAACUGCUGGUGCCCAUUCAGAUCAAGGGUACUCGUUAGGAAAAACGAAAAAAAGUUCACACACCCCCCCCAAUGUCUUGUAUCUUAUGUUUAAAAACAAAAAAAAAGACAAAAAAGAUCAAAAAAAAGAACAAAAAAAUAAAAAAGCAGAAACAAACAAAAAAAAUGCAAGUGAUUUUUCUACCAGACAGCGAAGCACCCCCUUGCUUCCCAUGCAACGUCAAGGUUUCCUAUGCUAUACAUAUAUAUGUGUUCUGGCUGGCAGGCCCUGCUGGCCGGAGGAAGUCUCUGCAUGUUCUAGUGUUAGUAACUAAUUUUUAUAUAGCUAAUGUAGGAUAAAGUAGAGUGCAUUAAGACAAUAUUGUAACUCACUCUAGGCACUAGCCUUUAAACUGUCUCAGCCCUUCAGAAGGGCUCAACUACUGUCCUAUACAAUCAAGUGACUGAAAUUCUUGGGAAGACACUUUGCUCCUCAUCUUUACCCCCAAACGGUGUUGUUUUGUUUUUAUUUUUUUCCUUAAUUUGCACGAAAACAAAAAUUCCAUAUCAAUGUGCCUUGCCCUGGAUAGUGGUGACUUGUGGAAUUGUUGCACACGCCCCUCUGUUUGAAGGGGUUCUCCCUACUCGAGCAUUCGGAGACACUUUUUGUAAAUGUAACUUUAUGUCAGCCAUCGUCCAUUUCAACAUCUAGACCUAAAUAGAAAGUUAGCUGUUCCGCAGACAGGCGUAGUCCUGAUUGUCCUGUGUGGUCAGUGGCAGUGCUAUUCUGAGCUCUGUAGAUGCUUACAAUAUCAGUAUUUGGGAUGUUGCUGCAUUUUUUUUUCAAUUUAUUUGGAGUCUUCCUUUAUUUUCCCCCAGAUAUAUGAAAAUAUGCAAUACCUGCUUAUAUCAUGUAGAAAAGCUUAGCAAUUAUUAGUUUUUCUUUUUUUUUUUUAUUUGACCAAAGUCAGUGCUGCAUUUGACGCAGUGUGUUUUUAGGUGUCUGUCUUUGUAUUUUCUGUGGUUUUUGAUGCACGUGUGCAGGAAGGGCUCCUCUUAGAGAAGCAGUCAAACUGUGAAGCACUAAGCUGACCCUGCUUCAAGCAAUUUUGUUUUUACAACUGUUCCUUUCACAAGCAAGCCUUAAAAAAAAAAAAAGACAACUUCCUUUCUCUUCAGCCCCCACACCCACUUUUCUUAGCAGACAGCAGUCAAUCCACAUUCAAUAAAAAGUACAUAAUGCCCAUUUUUAUAUGCACGUUUUUAAACUUCCAAGUUCUGAAAAUUGUUUACUGGUUAUCUCUAUUUAAGGAAAAAAAAUAAAAUAAAACAUUUUGGAUUUUCA